AUGGGAGAGGAGGAGUCUUGCGCUGCGUUCAGUGCUAACGCCGCAGUCUCUAAGGAGACAGGUAAAUCUCCGGAUGCUGCGAUCAGAUUUCUGAGGGAGAUCCGCUUCCGAUGCCUGCCUCCUGGCUCCUCCGAGGUAAUGAAAACGCAGGCCCGUGACAAGAAUGGCACUAGAAACUUUGAGCAGCCUGCCCGCUCCAGCGCCGGCCGGCACGCGGGGUCCAUACCGUGCGGCACAGCGCCAUCUGCUGGCCGGCUCCGCAGCCAGGGGGCGACUCGGAAAUCCACCCGAGUCGAUUCCCCGACCUCGGUUCCCGGGGGCUUCCUGCGGCUGGGGAGUUCUGAGUGUGCUAAAAAGGCGCGAGAGAGGGAGAUGGUGCUGGAGAGAAAAAGCAGGGUUAGAGAAAGUUUCCAAAGACUUAUUUAA